AUCAUUCUAGAGCAGUGAUCAGUCUGUGGCCUGUGCAGUAAACUGUCAGACUCGUGCAUAGUCUAAACAUUGACAUCACAGUUAAAGUUUUUAAAUAUUUUAUUUUAGUACUCAGUUUCAGUACUACAGUAAAAAAAUCUGUUUGAACUUUUGACUUUGUAAUAACAAAAUCAUAAAAUAAAAUGGACACAGUACCAAAAGAUUUGAGGGGCUUGAGAGCUUGCUUGGUGUGUUCGCUGGUCAAGACAUUCGAUCAGUUUGAGAUUGAUGGAUGUGAAAAUUGUGAUGAAUUCUUAAGAAUGAAAAAUAAUAAAGACAAUGUGUUCGAUUGCACUAGUUCCAAUUUUGAUGGAAUUAUAGCAGCUAUGAGCCCGGAGGAUAGUUGGGUAUGCAAAUGGCAAAGAAUAAAUCGGUUCCACAAAGGAGUUUAUGCCAUUUCAGUAUCAGGAAGAUUACCAGCGGGAGUUAUAAGAGAAAUGAAAAGUAGAGGAAUAAAUUAUAAAUCUCGUGAUACAAGUCAAAGAUAAAACUACUUUCAAUUUACACUAUUAACAAACUGUUUAUUUAUAAGAUUUUUAUGUAAAAUGAGUAUAAGCAAUACAUUUAAGCUAAUGUAAGUUCUUUAAAUAAUGAACAAUAAAAUCAGAGAAUAACAAAAAAUA